AUGGAGGAUUUCAUUCUUGGUCAGGGCUAUGGCUAUGGCUUUGCCUUGGGUAUUGGUGCUGGGUUCGCCUUAUUGAUGGUUGUUAUCUCUAAUCUUCUCUCUAGAUAUAUGGGAGAAGUCCAAUCUUCUGAACGAUUCUCCACCGCUUCACGGUCGGUUAAGUCUGGACUUAUCGCAUCCUCAACGGUUUCUGCAUGGUGUUGGCCCGCAACUUUACUAUCUUCUGGUGCUUGGGGUUACUCGUAUGGAAUAAGUGGUCCAUAUCUAUAUGCAAUUGGAGGUGCAGUUCAAAUUACCCUAUUCCUGUUUCUCGCUAUUCAGAUCAAAAGAAACUCUCCAGGAUGCCACACAGUUGCACAAUUGAUAUCAGUGCGCUUUGGAAAGGAAGGUCAUUGGUGUUAUUUGGCAUAUUGCAUUGGUACCAAUAUUCUAGUAUCUUCUCUCUUGUUACUAGGUGGCUCACAAGGGUUUGCUUCAACCACGGGUAUGCAUGUCGUUGCUGCUUCUUUCCUUCUUCCAUUGGGUGUCAUUUGCUAUACACUUUUUGGAGGUCUCAAGGCUACCUUCAUCUCAGAUUGGAUCCAUACUGUAAUUAUUUACGUGAUCAUGCUUGUUGGAUGUUUUAUGAUAUACGUGGGGUCUCCAUUAAUUGGCUCUCCCGUUAGGAUGUAUGAGCUUUUAAAAGAGGCUGACAUCGCAUUCCCUAAUACAACUGGUACCAGCUACUUGAGUUUCCAUGAUAAAGAUAUGCUUCUUCUAGCAUUUGCUGUUACUCUUGGGGGUUUAUGUUCAGUGUUUGGAGAUCCCGGGUAUUCUCAAAGGGCAAUUGCAUCUGAUUCACAGAGUGUUUUCAGUGGGUAUAUGGUUGGUGGGAUCUGUUGGUUUGUGAUUCCUUGGGCGCUUGGCUCCCUGGCAGGGUUGGCAUGUAGAGCAUUGUUAACCAAUCCAGCUCUCUUCACUUACCCAAACCAGCUCACCGAUGAACAGGUCAACGCCGGAAUGCCAGUUAUCUUCGGGUUGGCGGCUGUAUUAGGAAAAUCUGGGGCAGCUGCUGGGUUGUUAAUGCUUUUCAUGAGUGUUACAUCUGCAACUUCUGCCGAGUUAAUCGCCUUCUCGUCCAUUUGCACCUACGAUAUUUACCAAACUUAUAUCAAUCCAAGUGCAUCCGGCAAGCAACUUGUCCGAGUAGCACACGCUACGGUCAUUGGAUUUGGUCUCUUCAUGGCUAUUAUUGCAGUUGUAUUUAACUAUUUGGGUGUCACUGUGGGCUGGCUUUUAAGUUUUAUGGGAAUUAUUCUUUCACCAGAGGUUUCGGCAAUCACUUUGGCUAUUUUCUGGAAGAAAAUGUCUAAAGAAAGUUUUAUCAUUGGUUCCGUUGUAGGCACACUAACGGGAAUAGCAUGUUGGAUUGGAUCCACAUAUGCAUAUGCAGACGGGAUCAUUAACAAAGAUACCGUGAUGGUGAACCAAGCACUACUCAUUGGAAAUAUCGCAUCUCUUGCAAGUGCAUUCGUUUGUUACGUGGUUAUCUCAUUAAUAAAGCCAUCAAGUUUUGAUUUCAAGGUCUUUUCAACUGCAUUCCAUGCUGGAGAUGAUGCAGAUCAAAAGGAGAAAGAUGCUAUGGAAACCACAGAAGGAGUUAAAGACAUCUUGAAAACUCAUGCUAAAUGGGCGGGAGGUAUAAACAUUGUUGCCACAUUGGGUGGUCAUAUUAUUAUCCCAGUUGCUUAUUAUGCCUCCAAUUACAUUUUCUCCAAGACUUAUUUUGUUCUUUGGAUUGUAAUUAUGUUGAUAUGGCUUCUUAUUUCCUCUGCGUACAUUGUGUUUUUCCCAUUAUGGCAAGGCCGUCAUUCGAUUAAAAGAGUUUUAAUGUCAAUUCUACGAAAAUCGAAAGAUGUUGAAGAUGAAAACUCCUCGGCACACUCUUCAGUGGAGUUUGUGAAUAUCAUCGUCGAAAACAAGAACCAAGUAGUAUGA